AUGGCGCAAACAAAAUCAGCCAGUAACAGAAAGAGAAGUGCCAAUUCGAAAUUACAGACUAAGCCUGCAAAGGCAUUGAAGACACAGCCCGUCGAAAAUCAUGUGGAAAAGAAGCAGGAGGAAGGACUGUUCGAUAAUCUUGACGAAGAAAUGGAUCCUAAUGAAGUAGAGGAUAUUGUAAAUAAUUUGAAUGGGGAUAGUGAAUCUGAAGAGGAUGUUGACAAGGAGGAUGAAAAUGAAGAUGAGGAACUUGAAGAUGCAGAACAAAUUUCUGACGAUGAUGAGGAUAAAGAGCAUCGAGAUAAAGAAGAAUUAGCUGAGGAUGACAAAGAAGAGGAUGCACCAGUGUUCAACGAACAGCAGAGUACAACCAAGAAAUUUAGAGAUCUUUACAUGACCAAAGUUACUCAAGCAUUUGGUACUGAUUUGGAUCAAAUCAGACAGGAACCUAACUUCAAUGGACCUCGUCUAAAUAUCUUGAUUGAUUCUCUGGAAGCUGGCAUUGACAUCUUUUCUAAUUUGGAGCAAGAGAUCAUUCUCGCUGAUGAGAAACAAUGA